UGCUUCUCUAAUAGUCGGCCAUUCAGCGACACAAAGCUUUUGAACGUUUAAAAUAUAUUUUUCUCUGAAGUCUAAACGGUUUAACUAUUACUGCAAGCGAUAACAUGUUUUCUUUUAUAACUAUAACUUAAUGAACUGCAUCGUUGGUCGGAAAUGAACUGACGGUGUAGUUAAUUCCUUCUGAAGAGGUGGAGGUCGACGUUAGCUGCUAGCCUUGUUAGCCACUCCAGGCCAUUCUGUAUGUGAUCACGUUGGCCUUCUGCGGCUUUGUUUGAUAACAUGUAUCCCUCUUGGGGAAAUUACGGACCCCCUCCGUCGCAAAACUACGGGGGACCUGGCCCUCGCAUGCCUCCAGUUGGAGCAGGUCCGGCUCCUGGUAGUUUUGGUGGCUUCGAUGCCUCCUCCGGCGGCUCGGUGUUCUCCAGCCUCCAGGAGCAGCACCGCCAGCAGAUGCAGCAGCUCCAGAUGCUGCACCAGAAACAGCUGCAGUCCGUGUUACACCACGGCAACAGCGGCUCUGGGUAUGGGGGUGGACUCUCGGGUGGGUUUAACACGGGCCCGCAGUGGCAUUCAGAAGGACCCCUGCCACCCAAACCGGGUCAGCAGCAACCCCCUCCACCGCAGCCAGCUGAGUCCAAGCCGGUUCAACCUCCUCCAGAACCCCAGCCACCCAGGCCACAGGAGAACAUUGCUGCUCCCCAAGCUCCAGAAGCCAGCAACACAAGCCCAUCCAGCUCGGAUAACAAAUCCUUACAUCUACAGGAGCAACAGAAUGUGUGGUACAAACAACAUCUUCAGAAUCUACAGAAACUAAGGCAAGAGAAAGCCAAGCAAAAUCAGAAAGAUGGCGUCGCCUUUCUACCGCCGCAGCCACCCACAAGUCAGGCAGCUCCUCCUCCCCCUCCCUCAGAACCACCUAAAGGCACACCCCCACCUCCACCCCCUAAAGAGGAACCCCCUAUGCCACCUCCACCUCCUGUAGAAGGAAAGAGUGCAAAUGUAGGAAACCCAAGUAAAUUUACAGACACACCUGAUGCCCCAAAAGACCCAGAGGAAGCUGCUCGUCUCCAACAAUUGCAGGCUGCAGCCGCACAUUGGCAGCAGGUGCAACAGCAGAGAGUUAGUUUACAGUACCAGGCUCUCAUGCAGCAACAUGAAAAACUUCAGCAGGUUCUUGAACAGUAUCAAAGACUGAUUCAGCAACCUCCAAACCUGCAGACGAUGUCUGCGGAAAUGCAGCUGAGACACUACCAAAUGCAACAGCAGCAGUUCAUGCCUUUAUUCCAAGACUGGAAUAGUUCUUUUGCCUUGUGGCAUGAGCAGUUCCAGUCUUAUCCUCACAAAGACCAAUUGCAGGAUUAUGAGCGCCAAUGGAAGCAGUGGCAAGAGCAGAUGAAUGCUACCAAUGCCCAUCUCCAAGAAAGACUGGCCACUAUUACUGCCAUGGUGCCAUUUGCCUCAAGCCAGUAUGGUGCUAUGAUGGGACAGUUUGGCCAGUACCCUGGACAAGAGAUACAAAUGCAGCAGCAAGUAGUAAACCCUGGUGUCCAACCCCCUGCGGUUCCCGCUGGUGCCACAGCUCCUGGUGCUGCUGGUGUUGCGCCUCCAAGUCAACAACCUCCUACCUUUGUGGCACAUUCAGAGUCAUCUGACGGACCACCUAUACAAGGUAGUAUACAAGCUGGAGUUGGAGUCAUGCUCCCUGGACCCUUGACGACGCAAACAUCAAGUUUCAACAGCGCAAGAGGACAGCGGCCCAGCAGAUUUGACCAGCCACCACAAGGUUUUGAUGGGCCCCCUAUGUUCGACCAAUCACAGCAGCGCUUCGAUGGUCCCCCAAGGUUCGAACCGCCCCAACAGCGUUUUGAUGGUCCCUCGAGGUUCAACCAACCACGUCAGCGUUUUGAUGGUCCCACAAGAUUUGACCAACCACGUCAGCGUUUUGAUGGUCCUCCAAGGUUCGACCAACCACAACAACGCUUUGACGGUCCCCCAAGGUUCAACCAACCACGGCCGCGCUUUGAUGGUCCCCCAAGGUUCGACCAACCACGGCCACGCUUUGAUGGUCCCCCAAGGUUCGAGCACCCACAACAGCGUUUUGACAGCCCCCCAAAGUUCGACCAACCACGGCAGCGCUUUGAUAAUCCGCCCAGACCUGACCAGUCUCAUUUUGGACCACAAUCUAAAAUAGACUCCUCAAGGCCCCUUUGCCCUCCACCACGUUUUGAAUCUCCUACAGCACCUCAGCUAAAAAAGCAACAAGGUCCUCAAUCUAAGUUGGAGACUGACAUUCAGAAUCCUGCCAGCACAGAAUCAACAACUCCAUCAAAAGCACCUGCUCAACCACAGUCUAACAAAGAUAAAAAUGUACCAAAUAAGGGAACAGCUGAAGACUUGACAGAUGAUAGCUUGCUUGGAGCGGAGGGCUUUUUUAUUCCAGAUGACCCUAUUCCCCAGACAUUAAAAAGUAACCUAGAGCCCGAGAAAGAAGAUGGCAAAGGAGUCACUGAUGAUGGCAAUAAAGGCAAACCCGAUACUGUAACUACAGCUAAUCCUUUGGUAUCAAAACCUCAAUUGCCUCCACAAAAUUCUAAUAAGGCAGAUGGACUACUGACAAAUGACAAAGCACCAUCGAAUAAAAAGGUUGCUGAAAUCCAACCAGAACCACAAGGUUCUGCCCAGUUGGCACCAAAACCAGAGCCUCCAAAGCUGUUUCCUGCCAGGGAUCGAGGCCAGCCUCCACUGUGUGGUCUUGGGCGUGGACAGAUAGGCCCUGGCCAGUUCAGGGAACAUAAUACUCCACAAAAUGAGGAAGAGAAGGGAGAAAUGCCUUAUGACUGCAUCCCGUCGGAAGAAGAUACAGGAGUACCUGAAGAGCAGCAAGACUACUGGCAAGAUCCUUCAUAUCAGGAGUUUGGUGGCGAUGAAUCUGAAGACACAUGGAUGCCGGAAGAACAUUACUUUGAAGAGGAAGAGUAUUAUGAGGAGCCAAUGGCACCACAUAUGGGGCGAGGCAGACCCCCAGUCAGAGGAGGGCCCCCUAUAGGAAGAGGAGGACCACCAAUGGGAAGGGGAGGUCCCAUGUUGGGAAGGGGUCUACCUAUAGGAAGAGGAGGACCUCCCAUGGGCAGAGGAUUUCCUUCCAUGGGCAGAGGAGGACCCCCCAUGGGCAGAGGAGGACCUCCCAUGGGAAGAGGAGGACCCCCCAUGGGCAGAGGAGGACCCCCCAUGGGCAGAGGAGGACCUCCCAUGGCCAGAGGAGGACCUCCCCUGGGCAGAGGGGCACCACCCAUGGGCAGAGGAGGCCCACCAAUGGCAAGAGGUGGACCAAACUUUGGAAGAGGAGGCCCACCAAUGGGUAGAGCAGGGACACACAUGAGGAGAAGUGGUCCAUCAAUGGGUAGAGGAGACCCAGAAGACAUGCACUGGGCAGGUGCUGAAUCAACUGAGUGUUCUGAGGAAGGGGAACCUUACUGGGAAGAAUGGCGACCUCAGAUGAGAGGCAUGAGACCCCCAUUUCCUCCUGGUCGGGGUCGACCCCCACGUGGGCACCCUAGUUUCAUGACUCGAGGGCGAGGCAGUCCACUUCACGCUGUUCAUGGUGAAAUGGGCCAUGAGCCUGUAAGUCAUGAAAUGGACUUGGAUGAUACUAACGUGGAUCAAUCAAGGCACCCAAUGUACCAUAAACACGACCCGUAUGGCCAUCCACUGCAUCCUGAUGUAGGAAGAGGCAGGCGACACGUACCACCACCUCCUCGUGAAAUGAUGGAUCGCUUGGAGGAGCCUUUGUAUGAUAAAGGAGGGGAGGAGGAUUCUGAAUGGUAUCCUCCUCACGAAGGAGUCCCUCCAAUGCCUCCACAUGAAAUAAUAGAAAGAGGAGGAAUAAGAAAACGACCUAUGGGUCGAGGAAUGGCAAGGGGAAUGUGGCGUCGAGGUCCAAAUAAUGAAGGAUAUGACGAGGCGUAUAAUGAGGACUACUCUGUAGAUUAUGAUCAUGGUGAGGAUGGGUAUCCCCGGCCUCCAGCCCAGGACUAUCUACCUGAUGAAUAUCACCAUGAAGCCAAGCGCUACGAGUCCGAGUGGGACCAAGAUUGUGCUCUUCCUCAAAGAGAGUAUCCUCCCCGCAUGCCACCCCCAGCACACCUCAGAGAGGAACGCUGGAAUCCAGAAACUGAGAGACAUCACUCAUAUCCAUAUGAGGAAAAUGACAGGGCAAGAAGAGAGCUCCGAAUUCAUGAAUAUAGGGAUGAGCCCCCUUACAGGCUGGAUGAACCACCACAUCUACGAGCUUCAGACUGGGACAGGCCUUCUAGGCGGUCACCUCUACCAGUAAGGACGUAUCCUGACUACGGUGAUCUUAGACCUCAGUAUGAGGAGCGUAGAGAAGAGCCACCACUUGCUGCGUCUGUUACAGACUUGCCUGUAAGCGCAGUUGAAGCUGCAACCCAAGGAAGUGGGGCAAAUGUGCUUGCACUUUCUCAACGACAGCAUGAGAUUAUCUUAAAAGCUGCUCAAGAGCUUAAGCAAAUAAGGGAGUUGCAAGGGGGAAAGACCCCAAGUACUGAAAAACAACCAGCAUCCAGUGACGUUCUGCCAGAGCUACCUGCAGGUCUCCUUGGCUUGGAGAUCCCGCCGGAUGUUAGGAAUGUUCUGAAGGGUAUGACUGCUGCUGUCCAAACAACUGCCACUGAAUCAGUGUCUUGGGAAAGCAAACCUGCUGCUGCUGCUGUAGUAGAUUACCAGUCAUCACUGCCUGCUUCAGCCAAUCCUCCACUAAUUCCUAAAACAGUUGACUACGGACACGGGCAUGAGCCUGGGGCAACUGUUGAGCGGAUGUCGUAUGGUGAGAGAAUAAUAUUAAGACCUGACCCAGUGACAUCAGAUCGCCUCUAUGAAAAAGAACCGCUUGGUCUCAGAGAUUCUUACAGCCGAGACCUGUAUUAUGACCGACGAUCAGAAUCCUAUUUGGAUCGUCGGGAGUUUAGCAGAGAGAGGGAGUUGUACCGAGAAACGCCUCUUGAAUAUGAAAGAGACAGAUAUGAGCGGGAGCGUUUUCAUUCACGAGAAAGAGAUGACAGCAUGCAUACCUUGGUUGAAGAAAGGUCUCCACUGGCUCCUCGAUCGGCAUACAGGGAAAGAGAUAAGGAGCGAAGCGGCAGCCGUGACCAGGAAGACUAUUAUGGAAGACCCGGUUAUGACCGACCUCUAUAUGAACGCUCUGGACCUGACCGCAUCGGGCCUGAGCGUUACAGCUCACCUUACUUGGAAAGAAGAGGUUAUCCAGAGGAGCGAGGACCCCACCCUGCUGCACCUCUGCCUCCUCCACCACCGCCACCAGUUCCACGAGUUGAGAAGAAACCUGAAAUUAAAAAUAUUGAUGACAUUCUCAAAACUCCUGGCAGAUUAUCUCGGCCCGAGAGGAUUGUCAUUAUAAUGAGGGGCCUCCCAGGAAGUGGGAAAAGCCAUGUUGCAAAGCUUAUACGAGACAAGGAAGUUGAAUGCGGCGGUGCACCUCCAAGAGUUCUUGUUCUGGACGAUUACUUCAUGACAGAGGUGGAGAAAGUGGAGAAAGACCCAGACACUGGGAAGAGAGUCAAAACUAAGGCUCUUGAGUACGAGUAUGAGCCGGAGAUGGAGGACACCUACAGGAGCAGCAUGCUAAAAACCUUUAAGAAAACUCUGGAUGACGGUUUCUUUCCCUUCAUUAUUUUGGACACCAUUAAUGACCGAGUGAAACAUUUUGAGCAGUUCUGGAGCGCAGCCAAAACUAAAGGGUUUGAGGUGUAUGUAGCUGAGAUCACGGCUGAUACUCAAACGUGUGCAAAGAGGAACGUCCACGGGCGCACACUUAAGGAUAUAAUGAAGAUGUCCAACAAUUGGGAGUCAUCUCCUCGUCACAUGGUGCGUUUGGAUGUGCGGUCCCUGCUUCAGGAUGCUGCCAUUGAGGAGGUGGAAAUGGAGGACUUCAACCCUGAAGAUGUGCCCCAAGAAACCAAGAGGGAGGAGGAAGAAGAGAGCGAUCUGGGCUAUAUUCCAAAAAGCAAAUGGGAGAUGGACACAUCAGAGGCCAAACUUGACAAGUUGGAUGGUCUGGUGAGCGGUGGGAAGAGGAAGCGUGACAGUGAACACUUGUCAGGCAUUGAGGACUUCCUUCAGCUGCCAGACGACUAUGCCACACGCACGUCUGCACCAGGAAAGAAAAGGGUCCGAUGGGCUGAUCUAGAAGAGCAGAAGGAUGCAGAUCGAAAGCGUGCUAUUGGUUUUGUAGUGGGUCAAACCGACUGGGAAAAAAUAACCGAUGAGAGCGGCCAGUUCGCACAAAGAGCUCUCAACCGUACAAAGUAUUUCUAAGAAGAUAAUCUGAUUCCUUAUUUUGGUUUAUGGAGAGGUACACAGAAUGUGAACAUGCUCCAGCUUCCUGGUGUUGAAACCUUCAUCAGUGCGAUAGUCCCAACAGUUAUCAGAUGUUUUUGUCAGUUCACUAAUAAUUAUAGAAAACACGUUUUUCCCUCCUGGAUGAUUUGUAGUUGAUAAUAUGUGAUAAUUAUAUUUAAGUAUUUAGGCAUCGUUUACUUUUUUCCUCUGUUUUAUACCUUUUUGACUUCAUGUACUGUAUACCUGUUGCGCCGUUUUUGAGUCGAUGUGUUGUAGAAGGAAAUAAAAGGUUCACAACAUUA